UGCGAAGCCCAGCCGACUUUAGACUUAGUUGAUGCAAGUGGCGAUCGCUCUUGCGAGGCACAGGGGCUCCGUAAAAUGCGACUUUGCGUUGUCUCCGAUGCCUAUAAAAGGUCCUGCAGGAACUUUAAAGGAAGCAGGCUGCGGGCUCGCUGGCAGCUCGAUUUGGACUACCAUAUGGCAGUAAGAGAAGCACAGCUGGAGGUAGCGUUUCCAUUGCGGUGAUGUCAGAGCAGCUGACUCCACAGCUUGCGGUGUAAUUAGCAAACAGCGCACUCCAGUUUAGUCCCCUUUGCUUUUCUCCUUAACCUCGCUGCUUGGACUAGUGCUGGUAUUCGGGAGCCCUGCUUAUAGUGUGUCCCGUGUGGGUCCAGAUAAACGCACACAGCCUGAAUCCGAUCGCUUCAUGAGACUGUGUGUGUGUGGGUCUGUGUGUGUGUGUCUUUGCUCUGAUCGCUACGGUUCCGAUGGGAAGCGCUAAAAGUAGCGAUCACCGUUUCGCACUGAUGUUACUCAGAGCGGACAAAGGUUAUGAAGGAAGAAUGGAGUUCCCAGACCAUAGCCGCCAGUUGCUGCAGCGCCUGAGUCAGCAGCGUCACCAAGGCUUCCUCUGCGACUGCACGGUGUUGGUCGGUGAGGCGCGAUUCAGGGCGCACAGAGCCGUACUGGCCUCCUGCAGCAUGUACUUCCACCUCUUCUACAGGGACCAGCUAGACAAAAGGGACGUUGUGCAUCUGAACAGUGACAUUGUGACUGCCCCGGCUUUCAGCCUGCUCCUUGAAUUUAUGUAUGAAGGGAAGCUUGAGUUCAGCACGCUGCCGGUGGAGGACGUGCUGGCAGCCGCUAGCUACCUCCACAUGUACGACAUCGUCAAAGUGUGCAAAGGCAAGCUGAAGGAUAAGGAACUGGGCUUGCCGGACAGCAGGGCGACCGAGGGGGCGGGGCAGGGCUGCCCGGAUGGCGAGGGUUUCUCGGACGGCGAGAGGGACAGCCCCCCCGGCCGCCGGGCUCGGCCGCAUCGGCCGAGGCCCCCCCGCGUGGACGAAGGCGAGGUGGACGCCGGCGAACUUGGGCCGCCUGUCAGCGACCGUGAUCGCUGCUCGCAGGGCAGGCAGAAGGCGAACGGUCACCCCGCCGGGUCUCCGGACCUUGUAGGUGUCAAUUAUGUGUCGGUGGAGGCCGAGGCCCGCUUCCGAACAGCUGGAAAAACAAAAGCCGAGCGCAGCGUUCCGGCCGAGUCGCUGUCCCAGAGGCCCGGUGCUUCAGAUGACACAGACUGCGCCCUGGACUUGUCUUUCAAGCCUCUGUCGGGCAGAGAUUGUUCGCGCCCCCCCCACGUCUUGGGACAGCUGGCCCUCGACAGCCAGCAGCAGGGCACCGAGCCACUUGUUAAAGACGAACAAGACCUGCUGUCAGAGCGGGAGGACAGUGAGCCGGCGAGCCCGGGGAGCCAGCGCUUUGGGAAUUGCGCCAGGAGCUCCGCGGUGACAGGGUUCGCUGGCCUCUUCUCGGGCAACAGCGGCCCCGGCGCGGCCCUGCUCCCCCAGGAGGAGGAGGACCUGAUGGAGCAGGAGGGGGGCCUGGAGGCGGGGGUGGGGGGAAGGAGGGGGGCGGAGGGGGCGGGCGAGCGGGCGCUGCUCGGGGACAGUGAGGAGGAGGACGACGACCUGGCCUCUUCGGACAUCUCCACGUCCAGCGGGGCGCUGCUGCCCGCCGGCCCGGCCGUGUGCGCGUGCCCGCUGUGCGGAAAGGCCUUCCCCAGCCCGCACGUGCUGCAGCUGCACCUCAGCGCCCACUUCCGUGAGAAGGACGGCGCCCGCGCCAAGCUGUCCCCCGACGGCUCCGUGCCCACCUGCUCCCAGUGCGGCAAGACCUUCUCCUGCAUGUACACGCUGAAGCGGCACGAGCGCACGCACUCCGGCGAGAAGCCCUACACCUGCGCCCAGUGUGGCAAGAGCUUCCAGUACUCGCACAACCUGAGCCGGCACGCCGUGGUGCACACGCGCGAGAAGCCGCACGCCUGCAAGUGGUGCGAGCGCCGCUUCACACAGUCCGGGGACCUCUACCGCCACAUCCGCAAGUUCCACUGCGGCCUGGUCAAGACACUCGCCAUCGGCUAAGGCCCCCGGCAGUGGCCCACAGCGGGCUGUCUUCCAAAUGCCUGAUGGAGCCUGUUGUAAUUAAUAACCGUGCAGAAACUCACAGAGUGGGCAUGCACUUCCUUAAACGUAUUUGUUAAAAUGUGAUCCAGGUAGUAAAACUUAUUUUUUUUUUUUGUCUUUUUUUGAGCACGGGGGGUGGGGGGGGAGAACCUAAAAGCAUUUCAGCUACUAUUGGGUGGAAUUAUGGGACGUUGUUUUCACUGGUGGGCACUGGGCAGGGGGCAUGCGGUCCUCCUCGUGAUGCAGAAGUGCUGAACCCUCACCUGUCUGUCAGAAGCACAAAAUCUGAGUUGGAGGCUGGGUGACCCUGACCCCCACCCCCCGGGCACCCGACGCUCAGAAAAAGAGCAAAGGAACAGAAAGUCGUUUAGCUGUAGUUCGGGGCUGUAAGCACCGUGAGAGAGAGUCAACGCAGACGAUGAGAUGGCGCACUGUCGCAGGGCUGGUUUGCGUACUAAUAAUUCAGGAAGCAGUAAAGCUCACUCGUCCCAUAGGGCCAGGCAGAGCGAGCGGACGCCUCAUAACUGGAAGAUUCAGCCGUUUAAGAGUGUACUGGGCCAGUAGGAGAUAAAUACUGAAUAAAGUGUAUCAACCAUGUUAAAUGGGGUAAAGGAACCCGAGUUCACAGGGAGACGAGCCACUGGGAACAGGGUAUACCCUGCCAAGUCAGUGCAUGCUUAUGUACACCAAUCAGCAUGUGGGGUAUAUCACAGGCUAUAUAACUGUAUCCAGUGUGAGGAUUUUAGGGUAGGGGAGGGUCAAGAAGACCCCAAGAAAAAGGGGCAGUCGGUGUCGACUGACCAAUGUGCACUGACCAGGGUGGUCAAGCAGGGAGGGGGGGGGGUUCCGGUGUGUGCCCCCCCCAGACUGUCUGCCAUCCCCACUGGGUGACUACUGAUCCUUCCUGCUGUCAUUGCGUGUCUGUCUGCCCCCCCCUCCAUCCGCAGUUUAGCCUCAUGACCACUUUGGAGUCACGUUCAGCAGUCAGAACACUGCUGUGCUCCCGUGGUGGUGUGUGUGUGUGCGUGAGUGUGAGUGUGUUUGUGUUUGUAUAACAUCCUGUAAAAAAAAAAAAAUGCUGAACUACUGAGAAAAGCUUACCCCACAAACUAUUCACAGUUUUCGUAGGUUAACUAAACCUUUUCAUUUUCUCACUUUAAAAUUUGAUUCUUUCUGAAGAUAUAUACACAUCUUACUUUGGCUGGAUUUAGCACUAAAAAAAAAAUCUAAGUUAUUUCUUUUGUUUUGUUAAAAAUCUUUCCUGAGGAAACUUGAUUAGAAUUAUUUAUUAGUUUUAUAGUUCAGGGUUUUACUGGGGUCUGAUUUUGACUAUUAUUAUUACUGUUGCUGUUUCGUUUCAUCCACAAUAUUCAAGCACAAUAGAAUGAAAUCCACCGAUGCUGUCUGUCAGUGACACUGGGGAGCGAUGCUUCGCUCGGGCUCCGAGUAAUUAAAGUCCUAUGUCCAACAUCCUUUUCUAUUUAACGACCUUAGCGUUUUGAUGGAUAAUUGAUGUCCUGCUCUGUAGGUGCUGUUUCAUUAGCGAAUGGGGCAGAGAAAUCGCUAGUCCCUGUAAAUACCUUUACUGUAAUGUGAAUUGAUUCUUCGUGUGUCUUACGGCGGCAUAAGAAUAUACUUAAAUGACAUUCAACAUUUACUACACAAAGAAAAGCACUUGUCUUGGGCUUGCAUGGUGUCGUUCCUGUCAGCUUGGUUUCAAUACUCGAAUAAUGUGUGUGCUGCUAUUUCUAACGAGUUGUAUAUUUAAUGUAUAUACUUCCUUUAUUUAUAAAACAAUUUAGGCUAUUACCCCAUACGUCUCCGGGCUGGGUGUUUGGCAACCAUCUCUGUAAGCUAACCUGUUCAUUUUGCCUGUUUUUCUUUGAAACAUCUGUUAUCCGUAGGACAGGUACAAGCGCAAACACUGCGUGUCUGUUUGUUUUGUUUUUAUUUUAUUUUAUUUUGCGAGUGCAGAUUUUGUCACUUCUUUAAUGUGGGAGAUGUAUUUAUUAAAAAGGCAACUGAAGGACUGUACUGAAGAAUUGGACAUUGGCAGGCACUCGCCUCCCUGAUAAUUAGCCUGAUAUGUGCUUAAUACUGUUGUCAAACUGGGAUGCGAUAGCACAACCGCGGUGUUCAAGUUGCACUUUAUCGCAUCAAAGUUAUUACAUCCUGGAUAUCCUGGUUUUCAAUGUGAUUCCCUGUCCCCCCCCUUCCUCGUCCCGGUUCCCCAAAUGUGGACGCUAGGAGGGAGUAGUGCGGACUGUAAAAUGAGCACCCCCCCCCCCCCACGCUGAAGUGCGAGGGACAGGCGUCGACAGGCCGUGGAUUUGUGGUGCUUUACAGCGGCCCCCCCUGCCUGUCGUGCCACUCAGCUCUCUGCACGGGGGUAGAGAGAGAGACCAACUUGGUGGUUUCAGGUUAAAUGUUCCUGUUUGUUCUAUAGCUUCAAACAGACGGCUGCAUUUCCUGUGUUUGUUAUUAUACAUAUUUUGUUUCUGUACAAGGAAGAUGCUUUUGUUUUAUACUUAUCGUUCCAUGAUAAAAUAUGGAUGGAACUGGCAUUUUUACUAAUAGGGGGGAUUCAUGGUUUAAAAGGCUUUUCCAGUUUGUCGUACACUUUUGUUGAUAUGGUCUCGGCCCUCCUACACAGUACGUGCCUUGUGGACAGACGGACCCGGAGCGGGACGUUACCGUGGUCCAUGUGAGCUGGCCUGCUGGGACAUCAAAUCCACACAACGUGCAAAUAAACAGCUGCAAUUUUACAGACUGGGACGGGGGAUAGAAAUAGGGGUUAGAGCGUCAAGGAUGAAAAACACAGAUAAUCAAGAAGCUUCCUCGGAGAAGAGAGUGAAAUCGAGACGAAAGAGUAGAGACUGAAACAGACACACUCACUUAUCUGGAAUAGGUUUGCUUUAUAAACUCUUACUGAAGUAUUUUAACAUUUAAACAAUGAGAAAAGAAUGAAAUGUUUUGUUUAUUAAAACUGGAAUAUUGUCUUUGCAGUUAAGGUCCAGACUGUGAAAUUGUGUAUAAUCUUGAGAAAUAUUUAUUGUUUUUUGUGCGUUUUACUGUUAUCUCACAGAUUUUAUGUGUAAAAUGACUACUUAAUGUCAGUAGGGGAGGGAGGGGUGGGGAGGAGGGGUAAUAGAAUUUGUAGGAGUGCCAUUAGAAUUUAAUAUAAUUUUUUUAUAACAAAAGUCUAUUUUCUAGAAAAUAAAUGCUUCAGUGUUAGUGAUUCAUAGAUUACAUAGGACAAUCGGUGUGCAGAAAUGGUAUUGUUUAGGUGUUCAGCUGCUUGUUUUAUGAUUUCUGGGGGGGAGGUGGGGGGUGUUUGUGCUUUUUGGAGUGUGUUUGUGUGUGUGCUGUGGAAAUGUGACAAUCCUGAUGUCCUCAUUCUUAAGUCACGCGUAGAUUAAACAGCUUUUCUGUGA